GGCGCCCUUCCUGUCCCAGGACGGCACGGCCGCAGCCCCGGCGGGAUUCGAACCCGCCGCUCUGGCGGCGCCUCGCCGAGUGCUGACGUCAUUGAGGCUUUCCCGCUCGUGGGAGGAAGUUUGUCCCCGCGGCGCCGCCGUCGCUGCCCCAGCCCCUCCUCCUCCUACGGGCGGGGCAGCGGAGGAGGAGGAGCGGCGGCUCCCCGGACAGGCCCAAGCGGAGGAAGCGGCGGCGGCGGCGCGUGAGGAGGAUGCUGCAGCCCCGCCGCUGAGCCCGCCGCCGCUUCAGCGACCCAUGCGAACGAGGGGCUUCUUUAUUUCUCUCUCUCUGGUUUUCUCCUCUGUCGCUGUGGACGACUGGCCCAGUAACAAGACCCAGGGAGAUCCAGGUUCUCUGCCUGCCCACAUCAAGCUCGAGGAAGGGAAUGAGCUAGAGGUGGACCUAGUCAGAAUAAUGUUCAACAUAAACCCUCUAGAGAACCUGAAGGUUUACAUCAGCAGCCGGCCGCCCCUUGUGGUGUUCAUGAUCAGUGUUAGUGCAAUGGCUAUAGCCUUCCUGACCUUGGGGUAUUUCUUCAAAAUCAAGGAAAUCAAGUCACCGGAAAUGACAGAGGACUGGAACACUUUCCUUCUGCGGUUUAAUGACUUGGAUUUCUGCAUUUCGGAGAAUGAAACAUUAAAGCAUCUCAUAAAUGAUACCACCACUCCAGAAAGCGCUAUGACCAGCAGCCAGGCCCGGCCUUCCACACCAUCACCGCAGGCACUUGAGGAUUCUGGCCCAGUCAACAUCUCAGUUGCCAUCACUUUGACGUUGGACCCCCUGAAGCCCUUUGGUGGUUUCUCCCGAAAUGUCACCCACUUGAGCUCCACCAUUUUUGGACACCAAAUUGGACUUUCAGGCAGAGAUGCUCAUGAGGAAAUCAACAUCACUUUCACCCUGCCCGCUGCCUGGAAUUCGGACGACUGUGUUCUGCAUGGCCACUGUGACCAAGCAGUCUUCAUAACCUGCAUGACCAUCACGGCAGCCAUCGGGGUCUUCCCGGUCACAGUUCAGCCACCACACUGUAUUCCGGAGACGUACAUUAAUGCGACCUUCUGGUACAAGAUCUUCACCACUGCAAGGGACUCCGAAACCAAAUACGCCCAAGACUACAACCCUUUCUGGUGUUACAAAGGAGCCAUUGGCAAAGUCUAUCAUGCAUUAAAUCCCAAACUGACAGUUAUGGUUCCAGAUGAUGACCGCUCCUUAAUCAAUCUGCAUUUAAUGCACACCAGCUACUUCCUCUUUGUGAUGGUCAUCACCAUGUUCUGCUAUGCAGUGAUCAAAGGCAGACCAAGCAAGCUGCGGCAGAGUAACUCUGAGUUCUGUCCUGAAAAGGUUGCUUUCUCAGAAGUGUGACACCCCCCCACCUCCUUCCUCCAAAAGUGAUGGAGUCUGCAAUCAUUGCCUGCUGAACCCAGAACUCGGCCCUGAUUCGUUAUGAAUUCAUUAUAUUGUGAUGUUGGGUUAUUCCAACCAAAGACAUUUUAAGUGCCUGUAACGGUUAUUUAUAGGAGUAUAUGUGGAACAGGUGAAGGCAUUGCAGCCCAGGACAGUUGGGGACCCCUUAGCCUGUUUGUGUCAGACUGUUUUGUGGCAGUGUGACUGCCUAAUUGGAGCCAGAGAUAUUUGUGUGUGUGUGUGUGUGUGUCUUGCUGCAUUGGGACAUUUCAGAUGCCUUUUGCAAUUGUCUCAGAAAAAGCACCUUAUUUUCCCAGUGGUCUGUCCAGGGUCUCCAAGGCAGGGCCCUCCUCUCUGCUGCCGUACUGCCAUUCCGAAGCCACGGAGGACGGCCUCCGUGGAGAGAGUGUGGGCCACGGUCUGGUUUCUUCCUGCCCAUUUCCUGUCUGCUUCCAGAAAGAUACCAAUAUUUCUAGAUUUGUUUUUUAAACAGCAACAACAAAACCACCUGGCAUACUUGCGUUUUAAUACUGGCUGUAGUUAGGAAAGAUACUUGUAAUUUUAGAUUAAGAAAAGCAAGAGAGGCAUCUUCCACUUUGCACUCUGCUUCUUUGAAAGUGCUCCUAAAAUUGUAAGUCAGCACAGACUGAAUCUCCAUUGGCACCAUCCUGGAUCAAAUCAAGGCUGUUGCUGCAGGGCGUGCCCUUUGAUGCUGAUCUGCAUGCGCAGAUAAACCACAUGCUGCAGAAUCCCUGGGAUUGCCCCGUUACAGACAGUGUAGGCACUGCUUGUGUGUGCGCACGCACACGCAUCUGAAAGGUUUGUUUGUUUCAUGUAUAUCACAACCUUCCAGUCCACAGAAAACCAGCUUUUCUGAGGAGAUUUCAGGCCGGCUGCUUCUCUGACGUGCUCGUUGUUUGUUGAGAAAAUAUUUUUCUCUUUUCAGUGUGGGUGAGAGUUUCAGCACAUAGUCUGGAAUGGUCUAGUCGUCUUAUGAUCUGCAUGUGUAAGGUCAGCUCUUGCUUUCCAAACUGGGAACUUCUGUUGGGCUUUCAGGGGCCUGAUGAUGAAAGGAAGAGGCAGGCAGCCAAGGGUAAUUGGGGCAUGCUGCCCGUCGCCCUCUGUUUGUUGAACGUGUUGUCUGGUGAGAGAGAUGCUGGGAGCCGCCUGACGCUGUGGAGGGAAGCCUUCCAGGUGGGUAGCCUUUGUGUUCAACUUUGGACCUUCUCCUUGGAGAGCUUUUGAGUCUAGGGGGGGCUUUUCCUUCUCUGCCCUUCCUGUUUGUGCAACAUCCUCCAGUUUCACUCUUGAAGAGGUGCAGGGAAGGUUAGGAUCCCCUUUGGCCAGUGCUUUGAAGACAUUGCUGGUUGCCUCAGUGACAUUUUCCUCCUUCUCCACUCUGGCUUUCAUAUCUGGUGGCUGCGCGGCAUCUCUCCAUAUUGAAACAAGCCUGUUUUUUUCUUACGAGAAUGGCUUGCUUCGUGUUUGCACAAAAUAACACAGUGUGUGGCCUGCUUUCAUUGAAGGAGUUCCUUGCCCAUGCACUGCCUUGCUUGGUGUCUCAUAAACGUCUCCAACAUGGGGACUAUCUCCAGGGAUCUUUGGGUUCUGGUAUUGGGCAAUGAGUGUGGCAGUGAUUUUUUUUUUAAAGCAUCCUCUUCGAGUUAAAAUUCCAACAAAACACGUUUUAAAUGGAAAAAAUCUUGUGGACUUUGAAAGAAGAAUGUUGGGGUUUCUGUUAACCUUUUGCUUUUCUGGUCUGUUCCAGACAUGAAUCUGGUGCUGGUCCCAGCUGUUCACAGGGAGGAGGAGGAGGGCUGGGGCAGAGCAGGGUGCGUCACACAGAAGAAGUCAGGGGCAUCCAGGCAGGAGGAUUCAAACGGGGCAUUGCAGCGGCUGUUCGGAUCAUAUUGAUCUUGCUUUUUUCUUUUUCAUUUUCGCUAUUGAAUCAGGUUUGAUUCUGUUUUGUUUUCUUGUUAGAAAUCUGCCAUUCCAGUUGAGUUCUCUGGCAUGAUAUGAAGGGUCACAAUCUCGUUAUUCCCCACCCCUCCUUUCCCCCAGCGUCCUUUGCAGGAGAUGGAGGGUUAAGACAGCAUUUCACUUGCCUCUGGGGCUGCCGGUCAGUAACUGAUUUAUUAAUGACACUUCUCUCCUAAGUUAAUUUUUUUGUGUUUGUAAGAUACAGAUAUUGCUUUGCAAAAUAAAAGUUUAUUACUAUCA